AUGCAUCUCGUACCGAAAGAAGUCGGCCUUCUCGCCCAGAGACGACUUGCUCGUGGGGUGAAGCUCAAUCACUCUGAAGCUUGCGCUCUGAUUGCAAAUAACCUUCAAGAACUCAUCCGCGAUGGAAACCACUCCGUUGCAGACCUCAUGUCCAUUGGGGCCACUAUGCUCGGCCGCCGCCAUGUCCUUCCCUCUGUCUCGUCAACUCUCACGGAAAUAAUGGUGGAAGGUACCUUUCCAACAGGGACCUACCUUGUCACAGUGCAUCACCCGAUUAGCAGCGAUGACGGUGAUCUUGCGAAAGCAUUAUACGGCAGUUUCUUGCCCAUCCCCGACAAAGAGAUAUUCCCGUUGCCACAGAGGGAGGAAUAUGAGCCAACGAAGCAGCCAGGAGCCGUUGUUACAGUCAAGGGAAAGAUAGUGCUCAACGAGGGCAGGAAGCGGAUCAAGCUGAAGGUUACGAGCAAGGGAGACAGACCAAUCCAGAUUGGCUCUCACUACCACUUCAUCGAGACAAAUCCUCAGUUGGAAUUCGAUCGUAUCAAAGCAUACGGCUACCGUCUGGAUAUUGCUGCUGGAACUUCUGUUCGUUUCGAGCCUGGAGACACCAAGGCAGUCACCUUGGUUGCAAUUGGUGGGCACAAAGUCAUUCGUGGUGGAAACCAUCUGGCAACUGGCCGGGUUGACCUGUCUCGCGCAGAAGAGAUACUAGCCAAGCUACAACAAGCAGGCUUCGCACAUACUCAGGACCCACACGGCGAUGCAGCACAUAUCGAUAUGUUUGAGAUGGAUAGGGCAGCCUACGCUACAAUGUUUGGUCCGACUGCAGGAGACACUAUCAGGUUGGGUUUCACUGAUCUCUGGAUCAGGGUGGAGAAAGACUUGACUUCGUAUGGAGACGAGUGCAAGUUUGGUGGAGGGAAAACUCUCCGAGAAGGCAUGGGUCAAGCGACCGGCGUAUCUGAUGAAAUUUCAUUGGAUUUGGCAAUUGUGAAUGCCCUGAUUGUAGACUGGAGUGGUAUCUAUAAAGCCGAUAUUGGUGUUAAGAAUGGUGUCAUUGUUGGGAUUGGAAAAGCUGGUAAUCCUGAUAUGAUGGAGGGGGUCUCCCCCAAUAUGGUCGUCGGAUCUUGCACAGAUGUGAUUGCCGGAGAAGGCAAGAUCAUCACUGCGGGUGGUUUUGAUACCCACAUUCAUUUCAUCUGCCCUCAACAAGUCUACGAGGCUAUCUCAUCUGGUAUCACAACUGUGUUAGGAGGUGGAACUGGUCCAAGUGCUGGAACGAGUGCUACAACUUGCACGCCCGGCAAGAAUUACAUGCGUGAUAUGCUUCAGGCUUGCGAUACUUUGCCGGUCAACCUCGGAAUCACGGGGAAAGGAAACGAUAGUUCUCCUUUGGCUCUACGCGAGCAAGUCAUCGCUGGCGCCUGUGGUCUGAAGCUCCACGAGGAUUGGGGAACUACUCCGUCAGCCAUUGAUUCCUGCCUUACAGUUUGCGACGAGCUAGACGUUCAGUGUCUCAUCCACACUGAUACUCUCAACGAAUCAGGUUUCGUCGAAUCAACAAUUGCUGCAUUCAAAGACCGAGCAAUUCACACAUACCAUACUGAAGGUGCUGGAGGCGGCCAUGCACCUGACAUUAUCAGCGUGGUUGAGCAUGCGAAUGUUCUUCCAUCUUCGACAAAUCCAACAAGACCAUAUACUAGGAACACCCUUGAUGAGCAUCUUGAUAUGCUUAUGGUCUGUCACCAUCUGUCCAAGAAUAUUCCCGAGGACGUUGCCUUUGCCGAGUCCCGUAUCCGAGCUGAAACAAUCGCCGCCGAAGACGUUCUCCACGAUCUUGGGGCCAUCAGUAUGAUGUCAUCUGAUUCGCAGGCCAUGGGUCGUUGCGGAGAAGUGAUCCUCCGAACCUGGAAUACAGCCCACAAGAACAAAACCCAGCGCGGAGCAUUGAAGGAAGACGAGGGCACAGGAGCUGACAAUUUCCGUGUCAAACGUUAUGUGAGCAAGUAUACUAUUAAUCCGGCCAUUGCGCAAGGCAUGAGCCACGUCAUUGGAAGCGUCGAGGUAGGGAAGUUGGCCGACCUCGUAGUCUGGGAUCCAGCUUGGUUUGGAACAAAGCCCAUGACUGUUAUCAAGAGCGGAUUUAUCGCGUGGGCACAGAUGGGUGACCCCAAUGCCUCCAUCCCAACUGUACAGCCCAUCAUUGCUCGUCCAAUGUUCGCACCUCUUGUGCCACCCACCUCCGUACUCUUCGUCUCUGAAGCUUCAAUCACUUCGGGCAACAUCGCUUCGUACGGGCUGAGGAAGAAGAUUGCAGCCGUCAAGAAUUGUCGCAAGAUUGGGAAGAAGGAUAUGAAAUUCAAUGACGUGAUGCCAAAGAUGAAAGUUGAUCCAGAAAACUAUCGGGUGGAGGCCGAUGGAGUGCAUGCUACCUGCGAAGCAGCAACUAGCUUGCCCCUGACACAAGCCGCCUAUGUUUAUUGA